AUGGCCGACAAGUCGCACGAACCCGUCCAGCCCAUCCACCCCUCCAUGGAGGGCAAGCUGGACCCCGCCUUCGUCAAGCUCUACAACGACAACGUCGCGUACAAGCCCAACGGCCCCAUUGACCUGGCCGUCCUGCGCAAGCACUACUCACAGCUCUACAGCUACGGCACCGGUGCGGCCCCCGAGGCCGCGCGCACCUACGACACGACGUUCCCGCUCGAGGACGGCACCGAGAUUGGACUGCGCGUGUACGAGCCCGACUCCAAGGGCCCCUGGCCCGUCCACGUCGACUUCCACGGCGGCGGCUGGGGCCUCGGCGACCUCGACACCGAGGCGCACAUCUGCAAGCACAUUUCCAAAAAGGCCAACGUCGUCGUCAUUGACGUCGCCUACCGCCUCGUGCCCGAGCACCCGUACCCGAUCCAGAUCACCGACAGCUGGGCUGCGCUGCAGCACGUCCACAAGCACGGCGCCGCCAAGUUCAACAUCAAGCCCGACAGCAUCUCCAUCGGCGGCGUCUCCGCCGGCGGCUGCAUCGCGCUCGCCCUCGCGCACCUGGCCCGCGACGCCGGCCUCCCCGUGCGCCUGGUCGCGGCCGGCACGCCCGUCGUCGACGACCUGCCGGCCACGCCCGCCGAGUCGCCGCACGCGUCGAUGCGCGAGAACGAGUUUGCGCCGACGCUCAACUGGGCGCGCCUGGCCUUCUUCAACCGCUACAAGUUCCCCGAGGACCCGGCCGAGUGCAGGGCCGCCAAGGACAAGAUGGGCUGGUUCGCGAACCUGCUCGACGCACCCAGCUUCAAGGACCUGCCGCGGACGGUGAUUUACACGGCGGGCGCCGACCCGCUGCGCGACGAGGGCGAGGCGUACGCCAGGAAGCUGUUUGAAAAUGGCAACGAGGUCAUUGUCAAGCGGUUCGUGGGCGUGCCGCAUCCGUUUAUGCACAUGGACGGCAGCCUGAAGCAGGGCAGCGAGUUUAUCGACGAGACGGCGCGUUAUGUGCGCCUAGCUCACUGGGACUAG